CACUCUUACUUGUUAUAAUUAGAAGUGCCCUAAUAUAAUUAUUUCUUCAGUAGUACGUAUGACUUUAUAAUGGACAGCUGUUUCUUAUCACCAAUAUGUGGGAUUCGUACAUACAUAUGUACAUACAAAACAAACAUCCCAUUUAGUUAGAUAUUUAUUUUAGUAAACAUUUAAUAAAUUGCAAAAUAAGGUGGAAUUAAUAAUAAUGGCCAGUUCUUUGAUGGUUAUAGUGGGAGCACUUAGUCUUUCAAACCUGCAUCGAUAUAAUUACACCUGUGAUACUCCAUAUUAUAAAUUUCCAAAGUUUUGGACAAAUACGGGUUUAUGUCCCGCCGGAAAAAUAAUACAUGAUGAUAUUAAAAACUCACUACUAUCGGACGCCAUGCAAAUGAAUCUGUUGUAUAUAUCAGCACUACCUACUGGUGCUAUAACACACAUACGAAUACAUUGGCUAUUGGAACUUUUGCAAUUUGAACAAUACACACAAUCUGGAGUACCAAUUUAUGAUUUUAAUGUCUUGGAUAAAUUCCUUAUGGAUUUGGAUGAAAUAAAUUUAAAUCCUGUUAUAGAGUUUAUGGCAAAUUUAUCGAAUGUCUUUCUUAAAAAUCCAACUCAGAACGAUUUCUAUUGGGAAAAUUUAAGCUAUCAAGUAGCCAAACAUUAUUUGAAUAUGUUUGGAGCAAAAAAAGUUUUGAAGUGGCGAUUUGAAACAUGGAAUGAACCAGAUUUAAGAACAUAUAAUAAACUAAAUUUUUCAGUUGAAGAUUAUCUUACAUAUAUUCAAUCCUUACACUUUGGACUCAAAAUUGCUGGUACCAGACCCGUUGACAGUUUGCACAUUCCUUUGAGAGGACCAGCAGGCCUAUUCAAGACACGAUCUCAGCAUUUAUUGUGUUGGAGUGUUUUGGAAUUUUGCAAUGAAUAUUUAGAAAGCUGUCCAAUCGAAACUCUGACAUAUCACCGCAAGGGAUCUGGAGAAAAUGCAUCUGUUGUUUUGCACAAUUCAAAGCUUUUAUUAAAAAGAAUCUAUGAAAAGUAUCCAAAUUUACAAAAAUUACCAAUUUCUAAUGAUGAAUCUGAUCCCAUCUCUGGUUGGUCUACACCUCGGAAUUUUCAGGCAGAUGUUCGCUAUGCUGUAACAAUAGUCAAUAUUAUACUAGAGCACUGGAAAGCUAAAUUGACACAUACAUUGUUUUCCAAAUUGGAAACAAUAAGUCAUGAUAAUGCAUUUCUCAGCUAUCAUCCAUAUGAAUUUUCUCAGAGGACGCUAUUGGCUCAUUUUCGAAUGAAUAAUACUAUUCCGCCGCAUUCGCAAUUUAUACAGAAACCCGUUUAUGCUGCUUUGGGUCUUAUGUCGCGCCUGGCAAAUAUGGCAUCGGACGUAUUGACAAUUAAAACGAUAAAUGACAAUCGUAUAAAUGUUUUAAAAACUAUAGACUCAGAUAUUCAUCCACUGUAUUAUAGUUGGAUCAUCAUACCGAUACCAGACCCUACGGAUGAUGAAAAAAUUUACGGAAUCCGGGAAUACAUUAUUUUACCACAAAUCCAAGUGUGUAAUAAUGAAAUUUACGCAUUUAUUAUAGAAUAUAUUGAUCAAGGUCACACAAAUCCAUUCAAUAUUUGGUUAAAUUUUAACAGUCCACCUUAUCCCAAUGCAACAAUACGUGAAAUGAUGCGUCGCCAACAAACUCCCAAAAUACUCAAAACUGGAAUUUUAACUAAUACUACACUCACAGUUGACCUGAGUAAAUUUAAGUUUCCUUGGUUAAUGUUGCUUAGAACAUGUUCAAUUUUAAAACCUCGUUUAAAAUGUCCACAGAAUCUUAUACUUACGCCUGUGACAGAUAAUGAAGUAUUACUUACGUGGCAAGAGAUUGAUCCAGCAUCUGUACAGUGUCUCAAGACAUAUGACGUUUGGUUUAGAACAAAUAAUACGCAGCCAUGGAAAAAAAUUUCUGCUGAUUGGCAUCUACCAUUUCCAUCGUUUCACUUUGCACCUUCGGAAGGAAUAAAUGUUAAUGGUUUUUACAAAGUACGUGGAAUUGAUAUAUUUAACAACACCAGUUUAUUUUCAACUCAAGUACAGUACAUUGAAAUCAAAUAAUGCAACAAUUCUAGUGAAAUAAAUUAAUAGAUUUACCAAAAAAAAAUAUUG